AUGAAGAAAACAUAUGAAAUCUCUUCUGAUCCAUAUCAAUUAAUAGAUGAUUCUGAUGAUGCAUAUUUCAUUGUUCACGUUGAAUCUAAAAAGAAAUCGACAGAAGAACAAAUUUCGCAAAAUUUUAUAUCUAUUGAGCCGACUAAACCAAAAUUAUUCAAGAAGAAUACCAAUGAAAGGAAAACAGUCAAAAACAUCACAAAUGAACCCGAUAAUACCACAAAUACUUCAAAUGAUUCGUUAUCUGAAAUUCCUAAGCCGAUAAUUCCCAAUAAAUUAGUAACAAGCGUACAAAAAGUACAAACUAGCAGCAAAAUAUCUCAACAAAACAGGAAGGAUCCAUACUAUAAUUGGUAUGAAGAAGCUAUUCAUGCAAAUCAACGUCUUAAAGAGGAAAAGUCCAAAUACGAACGAAAACUUACAAGAAAAAUUACCGAAUGCAAGCGAAAUAUAAUGAUUAAAAGAUCAGAAAAUGAUAAUCUUAUAAUUACUAAUUCUACACUUCUCUCUGAUAAGAGACGUGAGCUCGCAAUCAAAGAGAACGAACUUAAAAAUAAAAUUGCGCAAAAAGAAAAUGAUGCCAAAUAUUCACAAACUAAAAACUUACUGAUAGAAUCUAAGGAUACAAUGGAAUCAUUUUCUGAAGCAGCUAAAAUUGUUAAAGACAUUUGCAAAGUUUUACCACAAUUUCCACUAGAAAUUAAUGAUUUUCAACCAAUUCUUGAAAAAUAUAAUUUUGAUAGUGAUGUUGGUCAAAAACUGCACCAGUUCAUUCAACUGUUAAUGGAUGCAUGCAUAGAAGAUUAA